CCUCGCCUUCCUGUUCUCCACGGCUUCGGGCCCCACUGGCCUUCGCUGCCGUGUCCGCGCCAACCGCGUCCAGGCUGAGCACCUGCGUGGCACAGGCCGCGCUGGGACCCCGCGCCCCUCGCAGGCCAAGAGACCCAGAACUCUUUCCAGGAGCUGUGUGAGAAAGACUGAAGCAUCUGGUUGACUGGCAAGUCACUGACCAAGCACUGCUAUCACCAUGCCCAAAAGAAAGGCAAAGGGAGAUGCUAAAGGUGAUAAAGCCAAGGUGAAGGAUGAGCCACAGAGAAGAUCAGCACGGUUGUCUGCUAAGCCUGCCCCAACAAAACCAGAGCCCAGGCCUAAAAAGACCCCUACAAAGAAGGGAGAGAAGCUGCCCAAAGGGAGAAAGGGCAAAGCAGAUGCUGGCAAGGAUGUGAACAACCCUGCAAAGAGCCGAGGUGCCUCCACAGUCCAAUCACAGAAAGCGGAAGGUCCUGGGGAUGCCAAGUGAAGUGUACAUAUUUGAUAGCUGUGUACUCUUAGUGACUCUGCUAUUUGAAAUAUGUUGUUUUUUUUUUUAAAUCAAGUUUUAUAAAGAUGUAGAGUUUCGAUUCUUUUUUUUUUUUAAAGUUGUUAGUUUUUAUGUUGUUAGUAUACAGGACACUUUGUUGUUGUCUUUUGUGGAAAGGGAAAAUGCCACUAACAGAGUCUCAGAAGCUGAAUUGAAAAGCUUUUGAAUUGCUGGUUUUUGAAGAUUGUUCUUGGUUCCCAGGAAAGACUCUGACGUCACAUGUUAGCCACUUUGGCACAGAAGCCUUACGUGUGGGGAAGCAAAACUUCAUGUCUUCCCUGAUACCAUCAGCAUAGAUGUGACUGUGUUAAGCCAAUAGUCUUGAUGUGGCCUUGGCAUUCCUGAAAUCAAACGUGUCAGGUAAUGAUACUCAGGCUUUCUAGUGGUGACAUCAAGUUGGUGUCGCUCAAAAGAGCUAAGAUGCCUGCUUUUAGUUUGUGAAUCAUCCUGUUGAGAAUCCUGCAGUUUUUAGUUUAUUUCUUCCAUAUCAUCACUGGCCUUUGAGAAGCUUUUGUGUGCCUCAUGUGACAUGUCCAUCCCUUCUGUAAACUUUUCCUGUUUGAAGCAACCAUAAAAGACUUUGUUCCCCUUUACAGUGACUUUUUGGAAAGGGGAGUUUGGAAGUUGUAAAAUGUUGUAAGUUGUUGCCCAUGUCCUACUGGAAGUAACUGUUCUUGAAAAUUAUCUUACAAAGCUAGUGAAAAGUUGACUUGUGGGGAGGGGCAUCAUUUCCUACCCAAAGUCUAAAGAUGUUCUUUACUAUCUUGUAAAAGAUAUAGUUUUGCUUUUCACACUUGUCUUUUAGCUGCCCUGAAUUGAUUUUUGUGAAAAUUAUGAGGUAGACAUUCACCAUAAGAAUUUUCCCUUGUGUAUAAGCAGUGGCCACAGAACCAUUUACUGAAGAGUUCAUCGUUCUUCUCACUGAUCUGUAACACUGACUCUUUUGUAAGUCCACUUUGUAAUUGUGGUUGUUAAUGACUUUUUCUAUCUGACUCAUUGCUCAAUUUGUCUAGCCUUGUGGCACUACUAUACAAUCCUAAUUAUUACAAUUGCUCCAAAGGUCUCAAUAAGGGCUGGGUUGUGGCUCAAGUGGUAGACUGCCUACCCUACAGGUAUGGAGCCCUGAGUUCAAACCCCAGUAGUGCCAGUAAAUAAAUAAAUAAUAAAGGUCUUAAUGAAAAACAAAGAUGUCUCUACAUUUUAUCAUGAUGUUAACCAAUCACAUCUCCAGUGUCACUACCAAAUUUUUCUUCCUUAGGAGUGUCUUGGCAAUUUUAGACAUUUGCUCAUCCAUGCAAUUUAUAGAAUUAUACUGGCAAGUUCUAAAUCAAAUAAGGCAUGUUGGAAUCUUUAUUAUUUGUUUUGAAAUUAUAGGUUAAUUUUGUGAGCAUGUUAGCUUUAUAAGGUUGGGUCUUCCAGUCCAUGAACAUGGUAUAGCUCUGCAUUUAUUUAGGCCUUUGAAAUGUCUUUUAAUAAAGUU